AUGGAAGACUCUAACGAAGUUGCGUUACGGGGUUUGAGGACAGCGCCUGGAACGCGGCGUGCGAGUCCGCAAGGGGACACUAAGCUCAAUCUAGUGCCGGAGCCACCACUACCACGCACUGGUGCGUCGAUGCUUACAAUACCAGUGGUGAAGUUGCUCCACUGCGCGGUCCGUGACGUCGUUGAGCAGCAAGCGCCUUCCCUCAAAUGUAGUUUAUAUGACGAUGAGGAGGUCACGAACGAAGUGGUCAACCAUUUGUUGCAUGACACCGCUGUGGACGGCGUCACGACCCUUGAUGUGCUGACGGCGAAGUGGCGGCAGGUUCUCUCAGAAUCUCUGAAUGCCAAUGGCACUGUUUCGGACGCGGAGCGCGCCACGCUUCCAGUUACCCCAGGGCCUAGUGAGGCAGAGUGCAAUGAGAUUCUGGAGCCGGUCACCGACGCCGGUGUGAUUUUGAGUCAAAGCCCAGCAAGUGUUAACGUGCUUCGCCUUGACUGUGAUAGUGAACUCUCACUGGAUGGUCUGCAUACAGAAGAUAGUCAGAACACCCAUGCUGACGCCCAUGAGUUUAUUGAUGCUUGUUUAAAUGGAUGGUUAAAGGACGGUCACCUAGUUCCUGGCGAGAAAAGGAAUGCAUUCGUGAGUGCGCUUCGCGUUGUGUCAGACGCGGAUAGCGAUGUGGUUGUGUCAGACAGUCAUUGGGAUUUCUGGAGGGGCUCCCUGCUGGCCUGUUUGGAGCAACCAACAAUUGCUUGGGAAGCAGCAGACCUGAUUGUAGCGUUUCUGUGCAGUCGCUGUUCAUCGACGCAGAAGCUUCUUUUGGUAGAAAGUGUCACGAGGAUGCUUCGACAGUACAGCCAACAAAACGAAAGUGGAAGAUCACCAGAGGUCUUGUUGCACCUACUCCACAAGCUUGUGCUUCGCCUGGCGGGAGACAUAGAUUUGCUAUUGGAUGAUGAAUUGGGAGGUCUGUUUCAUCACGUUAUCGAAUCUGUGAUUGAACACAUCACUUACUUUGGGGCUGUUGAUCCACAAGGGCAGUGGCUGAAAGAGCUUCUGGUGCGUCCAGCACUUACCCGUCAUGUUAUUCGGCUGCCAGAGACUCAGCAUGCCCUGGUGAGUAAGCUACUAGAUGCUUUUCCCACGACUCAUGCGGUGGGACUGACGCUGGUGAUGUUGCCUUUGUGGGUGCAAAAACACAAUACUAAGGGUAUAUUUGCCUCGUUGCUUUCGUGUGUGGUUAACGGGGUUAUGACUGGGACUGUUCGGCGUGACAUGGUUGGAGAUGCGUUAGUUUGUAUUAGGCGUUGUGCUCGCGGCUUGCAUUAUUCCAGGCGCUAUGAAUAUGUUAACCAGAUUUGCAACAUCCUUGCUAGCAGCGGUAGUGACACAAGAGUGGAGGACAAAAACUGUGGCAAUGACCGGAGGUUGUGGCGGUUAGGUUUGCCGCUUCUCCUCGUUUUCUCAGUGCCAUCCGGUCAUGAUUGUGACAAGGGCUACCGUCUUUUGCCAGGUCAACUGAGGCAACUGGAGAAAUGCCUGCUUAGACGCACCGAGCUGUGGUCAGAGGAGUCUCCGGAAGAUCGCGAAAUCAUUAGCUCUUUUUGGUGUGAAAUGCUCCACUGGUACGCAGUGCAGCUGCGCAAGGUAGUGAAGCGUGUUGUAAAGACCGUGGGCAGCGGGGUUAGCCGAUCAGCUGUACCAUGGGAUGAGAGACACCUGGUUUCCAUCAGCACCGUUACUCCUGCUUGGCGUGAACUUGAGAAUAUUCUCACGAACAGGGGACGCCAUCAACCUCCUGACUACACAACGGUCCUUCAGUGCAUGUGUUCUCACAGUGUGCUUGCCACGUCUCCCCAGUAUUUUCUUCAGCAGAACGUUCAGGUCCCGCAGCGAGAUCGAUAUGCUUUGUUAAAUACGAAGCAUGAAAUUUGGUGGUUACUCAUGCGGUGGUGCAGCAGCGCUCCGCUGCGUCACGAGCUGUUUCUUGCGACCGGGAGGGUGCUUAAACUGCUCACUAAUAGCGAAAGCACUAUAAAUGAGACCCUCCUCAUAGUCCCAGUGGAGGAGUUGGAGGGGGAGGUGCAGGUUCUGCACACGAUUCCGACGGAGGAAAUGGAGAAGCGGCGAAGGAUAGCGCUUUUUCAAUCAAUACGCCUAUGGAUAGCUGCGUUGACGCCCCCAGUUGAUACUACACCCUUAACCCGUUGGGAUGUGGCUGGUGCAUUCCUCCAGCAAAUCAAGCGGCACUGGAUAGACCGCGAGCAAGGCGACACGUCAGCGCGUCUAUCGUUUGGUGAUGACUCUUUGCUUUUACUGCUCUGCGUAUAUACCAUAGGUACAUUGACAGGUGCCGUUCUCAAUGGCAGUGGAACUCAUCCACCGGACCUUGACAACGCGCUACGUCGAAUAUUGUUGGAUCGUCGGGGCUUCGACCCCGUUCAGCAGCUUCUGUUGUAUUUGACCACAUGUGCUGACUGCAGUGGUCUCACUGAUAUAUUAGCCCAUAGAUUCGAUGCGGUGAGCGAACCCCUUUGGCGAGUGGAGGAAUACCGCAACGCCAAGCCAACAGUUAGUUGUUCACCACUUCCCGUGGGACAAAAAGAGUUGCACCUCUUCAAAAAACAUGUUGGAGAGUCAUUAGACCAAAGCUACUGUGCCUCUGAUGGGUAUUACUCAUCGGGGAUGGAACAGGUUUUGAUGUUAAUCCUUCAGCUGCAUGAGGGAAAUAUAGCUUCAGCAGCAGCCUCUUUGGGAUCGUUUCCCCUAUCAACGUGGGAAGCAUACGGAGGUGUUAAGGAACUUUCAGCUAGAAUUGUCGAAUCCAUACGUGAAACUCACCCACACAUGGAGGGCCUCCUCCGUCUUCAUGGUGUCGAUUUGUACUACCUUUCGCUUCUCUGUACCAGUCGCUGGCUUCGGGAUCCGUGGAGGGCGGCAGAUGUUGCUAGGACCUCUGUUGAUAUUUUUGUACGCCGAGGUUGGAAGGCGUGGGAAAAUACCGUGGCGGAAUCUCUUUGUGCAUAUAUAACAAUGAUACAUGAGCAGUUUCAGCGGCACCAAAGCCUUUUGUUGUGCCCAUGGGAGGAAACAGCUGUCUUUCCAGUAAGUUAUUUCUGGGCUUCGUGUAUUACUAAUAAAUUUACAUUGGUAAGGUCUAGCUAG